ACGCAGCAUCAACUGCCACACACAGUAGGCUAUUCCAAAACAGGAAGUCAUAUUAUUUACCUGAAUACCUUACUGCACCUGCAUGCUCAAACCAAUGUCGUCUUUGAGGACCUAUUAAUUAAUGGGCAGGUAGCCUACCUUUUUGGCUUUGAAGAAGACAAGGAUGAAGCGCUUCAGUUCAUCAAAAAUGUUAUCUUUCCUGACGACAGACAGAACCCCCCAUCCUGAGAACCUCCACAUCUCCUCACUACCUCCCAGUAUUCCUACAGACCAGGAGCCAACGCAUGGAGAAGAAGAAAUGGCACAGGGGGAAGCAGUUGAGACCACACAGACACAGCGAGGAGCCCCCUCUGUCUUUCAAGAGGGCCAGAAUGGGGGAACUGAUGUAUCUAGUACCUAUUUUCACCAUAAGGUCCCCAUUCCAGAUGAUGACAGUCAGAUGUGGUUCAGUUUCCGUAAGCUAUGGGCCUUCACAGGACCAGGGUUCCUGAUGAGCAUCGCCUACCUAGACCCAGGAAAUAUAGAGUCAGACCUGCAGUCAGGUGCUAAAGCAGGAUUCAAGUUGUUGUGGGUUCUUCUGGGAGCCACCGUCAUUGGUCUGCUGUUGCAGAGGCUGGCAGCCAGACUGGGUGUGGUCACUGGGAUGCACCUGGCAGAAGUCUGCAACCGCCAGUACCCCACCGUGCCACGCAUUAUCCUGUGGUUGAUGGUGGAGCUGGCCAUCAUAGGUUCAGACAUGCAGGAGGUCAUAGGUUGUGCCAUUGCAUUCAACCUCCUCUCCUCUGGCAGGAUACCUUUGUGGGGGGGUGUUCUCAUCACCAUCAUCGACACAUUUGUGUUCCUCUUCCUGGACAAGUAUGGUCUGAGGAAACUUGAGGCCUUUUUUGGGGUCCUUAUUACAAUCAUGGCCAUCACCUUUGGAUAUGAGUAUGUGACGGUGCGUCCGGACCAGGGGGAGCUGCUCCAGGGGAUGUUUAUGCCGUACUGUGAAGGCUGUGGUCCUGUGCAGCUGGAGCAGGCUGUGGGCAUCGUAGGGGCUGUCAUAAUGCCCCACAACAUCUACCUGCACUCUGCCCUCGUCAAGUCUCGACAGAUUGAUCGUUCCAGUAAGAAGGAGCUCAAGGAGGCCAACAAAUACUUCUUCAUUGAGUCGACCAUUGCACUCUUCCUCUCUUUCCUCAUCAACGUAUUUGUGGUGGCUGUCUUCGCUGAGGCUGUCUAUGGACGCACAAACAUUGAAGUGCAUGACAUCUGUAAUGCAACUGGUAGUCUUCACCUAGAUCUGUUCCCCAUGAACAAUGAGACACUGCAGGUGGACAUCUACAAAGGCGGAGUGGUUCUGGGCUGUAUUUUCGGCCCUGCAGCACUAUAUAUCUGGGCUGUGGGAAUCCUGGCAGCAGGUCAGAGUUCAACCAUGACCGGGACCUACUCAGGACAGUUUGUCAUGGAGGGAUUUUUGAACCUGCGCUGGUCCCGUUUCUCCCGGGUGUUGCUGACCCGUUCUAUCGCCAUCACGCCCACCCUGCUGGUGGCCAUCUUCCAGGACGUCACCCACCUGACGGGCAUGAACGACUUCUUGAACGUGCUGCAGAGCAUGCAGCUGCCGUUUGCUUUGAUUCCCAUCCUCACUUUCACCAGUUUAUCCUCCCUCAUGAGUGAAUUUGCCAAUGGAUUAUUUUGGAAGAUUGGGGGAGGAGUUGUGAUCUUGUUGGUGUGUUGUAUCAACAUGUACUUUGUAGUCAUCUAUGUGACCUCUCUGAACAGUGUGUGGCUGUACGUGUUGGCUGCUUUUCUCUGCAUAGCAUAUUUGGGAUUUGUGGGUUACCUGACGUGGUUAUGUCUGAUAGCGCUAGGUGUGUCCUGUCUGGAUUUCACCUGCAGGGCCAGGGACGACACCACGGUUCUGAUAGAGCAGCAGCCAGAGUUUGACUCCUGAGCAUGGUUCCUUCCUGCAUGUGUGUUUGUGUGUGAGGCUAUGGGAGGAGCCUUGGGAUAUUUGAAGGUGCUACUGUACAGAUUGUAAAAUUUGUUUACAAUUUUGAAAUGACUAAUGUUCUGUAAUGAUAUUUGCCUUUAUGACAAUUGUUAUUUAAGGAAUAUGCAUUAAGUAAAUAACAUUUAUUAUGGUACAUUUCAUUAAUUAUUUCACUUUUGUAUGUAUUGAAUUUUAAGAUAAUUGCCAUAUUAAUGAUCAUAUUAGAACUUUGAUUUGUGAGGAAUUUAGAAAAGGAUUGUGAAAUGGUACUGUACACUGUAAAUGUCAAUAUUAUCUAUUUACUCAGUGAAUUAAUUACAUCCUGAAAUUGUUAAAAAAUGCAAAUAAAUGCUCCCAUUUUUUAUGUUGUGGUCAAUGAGAUCUAGCAUGGAAAAAUGGUUUCAUAAUGUA